AUGACACCACCUCUGGCGAUAGUCCAAAUACUCUCAGGGACUUGGUCCCUGAUCAACAACACUUCCCUUCGCAAUGGAACCAUCCUUCCAGGCUAUAGCCUACCAACCGGAGCGAACCCUGCAGGCUUAAUUCACUACAGCGCAACAGGCUACAUGUCUGCCAAUAUUAUGGACACAAAUGCGACAAACCGGCCUACGAGGAUAUCUUGGCCACCAAAAGACACAGACUCUGACAGCGACUGGGCUCUCGUGGGAAGACAUGCAAUGUCCUACUCUGGUCCCUACUCUGUUGAAGUCUGGAAUGAAACUCACGGAACGCUUACACAUGGUCCGCUCGUUUAUGCAGCCACUCCGAGUAUGGUGGGGACAAACCAGAAGCGUAAUUAUACGCUCUAUGAGGAUGGAGAUGUUCUUAAGUUGAAUUUCCACAAUUACACAGCUAAGACCGAAGGGACACUUUUUUGGAGGCGUCUAGCUCCGAGCUGGGAGCAUUCAUACAGUGAAUAA